AUGACAAGACAUCCAGUACUUGCGACGCUUUAUUGUGCCGAUUCGCCUUUUCACGACGUAAAGUACAACAUGAACACACCUCCUGUCCCAUGGAACGUACAAACACCGCACCUUCAUCAAGUAGCUUGCAAAGUAGCCAUGGAGGCUCAGGCGGCCAACCUGAAAACAACAACCAACAGCCAUUAUAUCGCAAUGAGCGACCACAUUCAGUCAACUACCUUGAAAAUAAAGAAUCCUCUCGACACAAGCAGGUGCGACAAAGGCCAUGCCUGCACAGACAUUGAAAUCCCUCAAACAGACUGCGCUGCUCAGGCGCCACUUAUGGAUGCAUCAAAUUUAGUGGAGGAAAGUGAUUUGGAGAGCGUGGAUAUUUCUUCCGACAACGAGUCCGAUGGCUGGUCGAUCAUCAGUGAUCGCAGCGAUUUCGUUGUCGUAGACUCUGCUGGUACUACACACCAAUCUUCGGACGCUAAGUCAAGGAAGAGAUCUGUUGUGCCUAAACGCAUCUCGAAGCUGCGUGACAGGUUGAGAAUUUCGGGGAUUCGGCCACGAAAGAUGAUACCGAGCCAAAAGGAGCAAGAGGUGCCUGAGAUGAAGCCUGCUAUAGAUGCCGGCAGUCAGGGUUUUGAUGAGCAUACACAGAGAUUGGCAGCUCCUCAAGCUACUCCUAACGUUAUAGACGAACUUAUUGAGCGCCUUACUGAGCAAGCAAGAGCUUUAAAGCUUUGA